GGCGCAGUGUCCCCCGGCCAAGAUGGCGGCGUGGUGCUCCACACGCUGGUUGCUGGUGGCUGUGGGAACCUCUCGGCUGCCAGCUGCAGCGGGGAGAGGGGCUCGGCCGCCCACGGGGGGCGUGGUGGGGGCGUCGCUGGGCCGCAAGCUGAGCGUUACCACCUUCGCGCCUUCCCUUGGAGCUCGCGGCCCUGGGGCGCUACUGACAUUGAGACCCGGUGUCAGCCUCACAGGAGUAAAAAGUUACCCCUUUGUUUGUACUGCCUCUUUCCACAUGAGUACCCCUUUGGCCAAAGAGGAUUAUUACCAGAUAUUAGGAGUGCCCCGAAAUGCCAGCCAGAAAGAGAUCAAGAAAGCCUAUUACCAGCUUGCCAAGAAAUAUCACCCAGACACGAAUAAGGAUGAUCCCAAAGCCAAGGAGAAGUUCUCCCAGCUGGCAGAAGCCUAUGAGGUGCUGAGCGAUGAAGUGAAGAGGAAGCAAUAUGAUACCUAUGGCUCUACUGGCUUUGAUCCUGGGGCUGGUGGCUCCGGGCAGAGCUACUGGAAAGGAGGCCCCACUGUUGACCCAGAGGAGCUCUUCAGGAAGAUCUUUGGGGAAUUCUCAUCGUCAUCUUUUGGAGAUUUCCAGAGUGUAUUCAGUCAGCCUCAGGAGUACAUCAUGGAUUUGACAUUCAAUCAAGCUGCCAAGGGUGUCAACAAGGAGUUCACUGUGAAUAUCACUGACACCUGUGAGCGGUGUGAUGGCAAGGGGAAUGAGCCUGGCACCAAGGUGCAGCACUGCCACUACUGCGGUGGCUCCGGCAUGGAAACUAUAAAUACAGGCCCUUUUGUGAUGCGUUCCACGUGUCGGAGAUGUGGUGGCCGAGGCACCAUCAUUACAUCUCCCUGUGUGGUAUGCAGAGGAGCAGGACAAGCCAAGCAGAAGAAGAAAGUGGUUAUCCCUGUGCCUGCAGGAGUCGAGGAUGGCCAGACUGUAAGGAUGCCUGUAGGAAAAAGAGAAAUUUUCAUCACGUUCAGGGUGCAGAAAAGCCCCGUGUUCCGGAGGGAUGGCGCAGACAUCCACUCUGACCUCUUUAUUUCUGUAGCUCAGGCUGUCCUCGGGGGGACAGCCAGAGCCCAGGGCCUGUAUGAGACAAUCAAUGUGACGAUCCCCCCUGGGAUCCAGACAGACCAGAAGAUUCGGAUGAGUGGGAAAGGCAUCCCCCGGAUUAACAGUUAUGGCUAUGGAGAUCACUACAUUCACAUCAAGAUCAGAGUUCCAAAGAGACUGACAAGUCGGCAACACAGCCUGAUGCUGAGCUAUGCUGAGGAUGAGACGGAUGUGGAGGGGACCGUGAAUGGCGUCACCAAUACAAGCACUGGUGGCAGCACCAUGGAUAGCUCCGCAGGAGGCAAGGCUAGGCCUGAGGCUGGGGAGGACAAGGAGGGAUUCCUUUCCAAACUUAAGAAAAUGUUUACCUCCUGAUACCCAGCCGAGGAAAACGGUCCACUGGAAACUAGGCCGGGAGCAGCAGCCCCUCCUUGUGGCCAGGGCACCUUGGAGACAGGAGGAUUCCAGAACAGCAGUAUCAAGCCCUGCCUGCAGAGGCCCUCUGGAACCUUGGCAACCGCAAAAUCAUGUGACAACACACCUCUCCACAGAAUGGUCAUGGUGGACAGCUCCUGGGCAGAAAGGCGUGGCACGCCCAGGGGCUGGUAGAUUUCUCGUCCACGGGUUGGUAACUAGGCCUCUUCUGGCUCAGAGUAAGAUAUCGGGACACUUCUUGAAAUUAGAGCCAAAACUUUUAUUUGGAAUCAAAUGUGGUGGAAAUCAGUAAAGAAUUAAAGGCCAUGCUUACAGCUUAAAAAUGAAGCCUAAAACUGCACCAAGUUGUGAAGUGAUUAAUUUCCCUCUCAUUAAACUUCUGGGAGGUUCUGGAAUGAGUCUUUUCUGACAUGUUGUCUUUUCCAGGAACUUGGGGCCUGUAAGCCCCACCAGCACUGCCCACCCUUCAGUAUAGAGGCGGCCAUUGCUUUUCUUGGAGUUUGUUUUAAUGCCCAAGGGUACCAAGCAGCUGAAACGUGGGGGCCGUGAUCUUUGUCAGGACAGACAGUCCUCCCUCCCACCCCAGCUGUGUGGCCUCUUGUCCAUGGCUGUGGAGCUCUGGUGUUUGAAGCCAGGCCUGAGUGGAACUCUGCCUGUCCGCUGGUCCAUGGGCCUCCCUGGCCACAUCCUGGCUGACGGCCUCCUUAUCCUAGAGCCUUACCCCCACUGCCUGCCACAGCUUGGUUCUCACCACUUACACUGUUGACACCUGUUUUCAGAAAUGUGUUUAAAUUAUUUAAUGCUAAGAAUCAUUGUCUUCCUGUAUAAAUGUUUGUUCAGAAAAGGAAAGUGUAGUCUAAGCAAUGGAAAGCUCUCCACCAUCCAGCCAGAGCGAAACAGUUUCCCCAACCUCAGCUUCUAGGAAGUUCAGAUUCCGUGUUUCCAGACCUUCCUGUUGGUAAGACAGGCUAAUGGCGAACACUUCUGAAUAGUUUUCUUUUUGUUUCCUUCAUAAUUUACUAAAAUAAAGCAUCUAUUAGUGUCUUAUCUAUGAAUGUAAAGUGAUUCUGUAUCCAUGUAAAAGAUUAUCUACUGCAAAGAGAUAUUUAAAACUUACAUUGUGGUUACGUCUUCUUUGAAAGAGCUCAAGCAGCUUUCUACAGGUGGCUUAGCAGGGGCUUAUAUGGUGUUCAUGUGCAGGUCAGGCCACCCCAUGUUUCCGCUCGCCUUCCUGGAGCUGGCUGCAGAGGUGGCUGACCUCACCCACAGAGUCAUGCCUCCCUAAGAGCAUACUCACACUGAUGGAUCGGUGGUAUUUCGACAAGUGCUGACCCUCUUAAACCCAAAUCCCAGAGAAGGGAGCUUCCCAUGCAACGAGCUAAUUUGAAUGAAUGUUCUAGAAUUUUGUGGGUAGCUUCUUUUUUGGGAGCCUGUGUCAUGAGAGAUGUGCAUUGUGGCCUCCUACAUCAGUUUCCUUUGCUACAUUUAUUUUUCCCCCCAGAUUAUUGUCAGAGGAAUAUUAAUGUAUUUUUUUGUGUUAAAAUUUUUGCUCAUUGUAGUUUGACCAGUCUGGGCUCCUGGCAGAGUCUGUCUCACAAAAUCCUCAACGCUGGCACCACUGGAGUGGGCCCUGAGCACAUUUCUGACCAACCCCUAUGUUCUGAGUUGAGCAGCUUGAGGUGUGAGUGCACUUGCUGGGUUGGGUGAAGAGGAUGGGCAAGAAAGGGGCGGUGACCUCCCAACAGUUGCAGAUACUUGUCCUUCAUUCAGCAAAUUUUUAUUGAGUGCCUGUUGUGGACUCUCAGCAUGGGCCCCUUCACAAUCCUAGACCCAGGUACAGCAACAGGAAGCUAGGUGGGGCAUCUUUUGACAGCUUAGUUUUCCUCUGGAGAAGUCAGCUGAGUCCCACUCAUACAUGUCUUUUGAAAGCAGAAGUCUGGAGGAAGACUUUGAAAGACGUGGAUUUUCUUGCUACCAAUAAAUACCAUUAUUGCUAUUCUGAGGGUCCUUCCCACAGAUGUAGGAAGGUGGCAGUACAAAUCUAGCAUCCAGUUUCCUUCAGUGCUUGGAGUGGGCUUAUCCCCAAAGCUAGCUUCUCAGGCAUAUUUCACCAGAUAACUUGGCAGCCUGAGUUGGGGCUGGAGUGGAAGAUGAGGCAUUUAAAAAAUACAAAGAAGUAUCUCUAGGCCCCCAAGCCUUUGGGGAUUGAGAGGAGGGGGAAGGUAGAUGGGUAUUGAGCAUUUCCUGAAAUGUUAAGAGGAUGAAUGAGGGAAGGCCUGGUCACAUAGGGAUGAGACAGACUUGGACACUGGACUUUGUCUCCAUCCCUAUCUGCAGGCUUCUGUUCUAAUUUGUUUACCCACCUGAGCCAUCCUCUUCCUCCUCUGUGGGCCUUUGGAUUCUGAUGGACUUGAAUGCAACAUUCCUUCCCUGUCAUGAAACACCCCCUCAAUGUACAAGGAUUUCUCCAGUCCCACAAGCCUCUUGGCUGCUUAUAUGUCCAGGGACUGUCCCUGACCUUUACUCUGUUCUGUAACAAUGGAGGCCAUCACUGAAUACUAAAUUAUAUGAAUUGUCAUGGCUUUUGCAGAAGGCACGUAGCACUCUUGUUAAUAAAGCACUCGUGUUUAUUAACAUGACUUUGUAUCAUUUAACCAAAGUUCUGCUUAUUUGGCAUGAUCCUUGCGAAG